AUGACCGAGGUGGCGUGUGAAAAUAACGGCAAGUGUGAUGUUGAUCAGCGUUCCUUCAAGGCCUAUCUCUCCCGUUGGAUGGGAUACACUGCCAUUGUUGCGCCCUGGACCGCGGAAUUCAUCGAUCCUCUUCUAAGGGCUUCGGCUCAGGCUGCUGCCAAGCAAUGCACUGGAGGCCCUGACGGGACCUCGUGCGGACUGCGAUGGAUCGACAACGGUCGCAACGACGGCAGUUUCGGUGUCGGUGAGCAGAUGGCUGCUCUAGAGAUUGUUCAGUCUCUGUUGCACUCGACAGUAGGCGGUCCGGCAACAGCACAAGCUGGAGGUAUAUCUGUCAGUAAUCCUACUGCUGGCAGCGAUGCUCCAAAGGCACCACCUACUAGCGCCAACCCUGUCACUACAGGCGACAAGGCUGGUGCUAGUAUCCUGACCUUGUUAGUAUUGGUCGGUAUCCUCGUUGGUGCCUGGUGGAUGGUGGCAUAA